AUGAACACGAUCUUUGGUUUACGGCGCAUGUACAAACUGACGGACGAGGCAGCCAAGAGCGAGUUAACUCGAGCCAGAGGGCGCGGUUUGCGUCAAAUGAUCAACGAGAUCGAGUAUAAUGCCGACAGGGUGCGGCAAGAGCAAGAAACUGCUUGCCGCCAAAACUUGGAAGCUGCCAUGCAACAUCUAUUGAAGCCUUCCAGAAUUAUCCCAGCAGUAUCUACAUGGCUGCGCUUAUUCCAAGAUGGCUUUGGCUCUGCAACAAGAUUCCCAUUCCUUGUUCUCCACGACGCAAGCCAGUAUGGAAAGACACAAUUCGCUCGACAACUCUUCGGCGCGGCAAGAACGCUGGUUGUAUCGUGUCAGGGCGUCAAGCAACCAAACUUAAAAUCGUUCUCUCGAUCCAAGCACAAAGCGAUCGUGUUCGACGAGGCCGAUCAUACGCUCAUCUUGGCCAACAAGCAGUUGUUUCAGGCAGGCACAGUCAGUAUCCUGCUGGCGCAAAGCCAAUGUCAAGAGCACGCGUAUGAGGUGUGGCUUUACGGUGUUCCCCUCAUAAUCAGCACUAACACAUGGGAUGCAACCGCAGACGAGUGGUUGCCUGCUAACAGCAUUCUUGUGCCAGUAGACUCUCCUCUGUGGGCAGAUAACCUGCCCGUUGCAGAUGCGCCGCGUGCCACUUGA